UCUCCCCGCCAGGAGUGGGUCACCAGCACCGAGCUCCUCAUCUCCCUGGACCGGCUCAACACGUUUGGGGACGACAUCUUCAAGGAUCCCAAGGUGCUGCAGUCCUACUACUACGCCGUGUCCGACUUCUCCGUGGGUGGCAGGUGCAAGUGCAACGGGCAUGCCAGUGAGUGUGGUCCUGAUGCGGCAGGCCGCCUGGCCUGCCGGUGCCAGCACAACACCACAGGCACCGACUGCGAGCGCUGCCUGCCCUUCUUCCAGGACCGCCCGUGGGCCCGCGGCACGGCUGAGGCCGCCAACGAGUGUGUGCCCUGUAACUGCAGCGGCCACUCGGACGAGUGUGUGUUCGACCGGGAGCUCUUCCGCAGCACGGGCCACGGCGGGCGCUGCCUCCGCUGCCGGGACCACACAGCCGGGCCACACUGCGAGCACUGCCAGGAGGACUUCUACCGCUGGAGCCCCCGGACGCCGUGCCAGCCCUGCGACUGCCACCCGGCAGGCUCCUUGCACCUUCAGUGUGAUGCCUCGGGCACCUGCGUCUGCAAGCCCACGGUGACGGGCUGGAAGUGUGACCGCUGCCGGCCUGGGUUCCACGCGCUCAGCGACGGAGGCUGCAGACCGUGUGCCUGCAGUGAAGCCGGCAGCCUGGGCACCUGUGACCCCCACAGCGGACGCUGCCCCUGUAAGGAGAAUGUGGAAGGCCACCUGUGUGACAGGUGCCGCCCCGGGACCUUCAGCCUGCAGCGCAACAACCCUGCUGGCUGCUCCAGCUGCUUCUGCUUUGGCCACUCCAAGGUGUGUGCGGCCGCGGCCCAGUUUCGGGAGCACCACAUCCUCUCCAACCUCCGCCAGGGAGCCCAGGGCUGGCGGAGAGGAAGUGUGGGGGGCCCGGAGCAUCCCAUCCAAUGGAGCCCGAGGGGGCUCCUCCUGAAUCCAGAAGACGAGGAAGAACUCACGCUACCAGAGAAGUUCCUGGGAGACCAGCGGUUCAGCUACGGACAGCCGCUCACACUGACCUUCCGGGUCCCUCCUGGGGGCUCCCCGCCCCGCGUGCAGCUGAGGCUGGAAGGGGCGGGCCUGGCCCUGACUCUGAGGUGCUCCGGCCUCCCCCUCCCCGGGCCCCCAGACUCCCGCCAGCCCAGGGAGGUGAGGCUGAGGUUCAGGUUGCAGGAGACCUCCGAGGACGCGGACCCUCCGCUGCCCCCCUUCCACUUCCAGCGGCUGCUCGCCAAUCUGACGGCUCUGCGCAUCCGGGCUGGCGGCCGCGGCCCAGGCCCUUCUGGCCAGGUGUUCCUGACCGAGGUCCGGCUCACAUCCGCCCAGCGGGGGCUCUCUCCCCCAGCCUCGUGGGUGGAGACCUGCUCGUGUCCCAAGGGGUACACAGGCCAGUUCUGUGAGUCCUGUGCUCCAGGGUACAAGAGGGAGAUCCCACUGGGGGGUCCCUAUACCGACUGUGUCCCCUGCACCUGCAACCAGCACGGCACCUGUGAUCCCCACACAGGGAUCUGCCAGUGCGGCCAUCACACCGAGGGCCCCUCCUGUGAGCGCUGCUUGCCAGGUUUCUAUGGCAACCCCUUCGCAGGCCAGGCCGACGACUGCCAGCCCUGUCCGUGCCCCGGAGGGUCGGCCUGCACAGCCAUCCCAGAGAGCAGUGAAGUGGUGUGUACCCGCUGCCCCCUGGGCCAGAGAGGGCGACGCUGUGAGAUCUGUGAUGAUGGCUACUUCGGGGACCCUCUGGGGCUCUCUGGGGCUCCCCAGCCCUGCCAGCGGUGCCAGUGCAAUGGGAACGUGGACCCCAACGCUGUGGGCAAUUGCGACCCCCUGUCUGGCCACUGUCUACGUUGCCUGCACCACACGACCGGGGCCCACUGCGAACGCUGUCAGGACGGCUUCUACGGGAAUGCCCUCGCCCCUCGGCCUGCAGACAGAUGCACACCCUGCGGCUGCCACCCCGAGGGCUCCGUCAGUGAGCAGAGAACCUGUGACCUGGUGACCGGCCAGUGCCCCUGCCUGCCUCAUGUGAUGGGAAGGGACUGCGGCCACUGCAGCCCUGGCUUCUACGACCUCCAGGCCGGGAGGGGCUGCCGUAGCUGCACGUGUCAUCCGCUGGGCUCCCAGGAGGACCGGUGCCACUCCAAGACUGGGCAGUGCCCGUGUCGCCCGGGCGUUGAGGGCCAGGCCUGCGACAGAUGCCGGCUGGGUUUCUUUGGCUUCUCCAUCACGGGCUGCCGAGCCUGCAGGUGCUCCCCAUUGGGCGCCGCCUCGGCCCAGUGCCACAAGAACGGCACGUGCGUGUGCAAGCCUGGCUUCGUGGGCUACAAGUGUGACCGCUGUCAGGACAACUUCUUCCUUACGGCUGGUGGCACACGCUGUGAGGAGUGCCCGUCCUGCUACGCCCUGGUGAAGGAGGAGGCUGCCAAGCUGAAGGCCAGGCUGACCCUGAUGGAGGGGUGGCUGCAGGGGUCUGACUGUGGCCAGCCCUGGGAACCACUGCACAUUCUGCAGGGAGAGGCCCCACGGGGGGACGUCUACCAGGGUCACCACCUGCUGCAAGGAGCCCGGGAGGCCUUCCUGGAGCAGGUGACCGGCCUCGAGGGUGCAGUGAAGGCUGCGCGGGAGCAGCUGCGGGCGCUGAGCAGGGGUGCCCGCUGUGCCCAGGCCCAGGCAGAGAAGACCUGCAUCCAGCUGGCAGAGCUCGACGCAGCGCUGGAGUCCUCGGAAGAAGAGAUUGUGCAGGCGGCCAUCGUCCUCAAAUCUCUGGUGAUUCCUCAGGAAGGGUCCAGCCAGCCCACCACCUGGAGCCCCCUGGCCACAGAGGCCCGUGCCCUCGCCAGGAGCCACAGGGACGCCACUGCCAGGAUUGAAGCCACGGCUCAGAGGGCCCUGGUCGCCUCCAACACCAGCUAUGUGCUUCUCUGGAGUCUGCUGGAGGGCAGGGUGGCCUCGGAGGCCCAGCAGGACCUGGAGGACAGGUACCAAGAGGUCCAGGCGGCCCAGGAGGCGCUGGGCAGAGCUGUGGCACAGACACUGCCCGAAGCGGAGAGGGCACUGGCCGCCAUGCAGCGAGUCCGUGCAGACGCCGCCCUGGGCCUGGCCUCGCCAGCGGCCCCCUCAGCACUGCCUCAGAAGUCCCAGGUGGGGGCCCUGAGCCAGAAGGUGCAGGCCCUGGAGGAGACGGUCGCAUCCAGAGAGCGCCGGGUCACUGAGGCGGCCCAGACCCUCCGGGCCACCGCCCGGGCCAUGCUGCGCAAGAUCGAGCCCUUCACACAGCUACGCCAGGAGGCCAGAGACGCCCUGACCCAGGCUUCCUCAUCCGUCCAGGCAGCCACAGUGACUGUCACAGGAGCCAGGACCCUGUUGGCCGACCUGGAAGGAAUGAAGCGGCAGUUUCCGCAGCCCAGGGACCAGGCCGCGCUGGGGAGGAAGGCAGGCGUCGUCAGCGACAGGCUCCUCGUAGACUUGAAGAAGAAGACCAAGCAGGCGGAGAGGAUGCUGGGCAACGCAGCGUCUGUCUCCUGCAGCGCCAAGAAGAAGGGCAGGGAAGCCGAGCUGUUGGCCAAGGACAGUGCUAAGCUCGCCAAGGCCUUGCUCAGGGAAGGCAAGCAGGAACACCGCCGGGCAGGCCGGCUCUCCAGCCAGACGCGGGCGACGUUCCGACAGGCCUCCCGGCAGGUGCUCGCCUCACAGGCCCGUAGACGGGAGCUGGAGGACGCAGAGCAGAUGGGUGCCAGGCUGAAUUCCUUGGAACAGCAGAUCCGAGAAUCGCGUGCCUCCCUGGAGAGGGACGUCCAGGCCUUGUCGGAGCUGCUGUCCAGGCUGGGGUCGCUGGACACCCAUCAGGCCCCAGCCCAGGCCCUGAACGAGACCCAGUGGGCACUGGAGCGCCUGAGGCUGCAGCUGAGCCCGCCGGGGGCCCUGCAGGGGAAACUGAGGCUGCUACAGCAGGAGUCGGAGCAGCAGGAGCUGCAGAUCCAGAGCUUCGAGAACGACCUCGCUGAGAUCCGUGCCGACAAGCAGAACCUGGAGGCCAUUCUGCAUAGCCUGCCCCAGAGCUGUGCCAGUUGGCAGUGAGGGCCGCCCAGGACACCCCUCCCCCAACACUGUGGCCCUGGCCAGGGCAGGCACAUGCACCCCACAGGUGCACCCUUGCAGACACACCCCCCCAGAGCCUGCGGCUGUGUGCCCACCCCAAGGGAAUACUCACGUAGGCUUCCAAGUCCACAGCCACGUCCCCUCCGUGCCCGCCAGAGUCCGUGUACAUAUACAGUUCGCCCAGGCGGGCACUCCCAGGCCAUGAUGCGUACACAUGCACACCCCAGUGUCAGGAACACAUGCACACCUUGUGGGGACACGCCUGUGUGCACAAGGCACACACUUUCGCCAGUUCCUCUGUGCAUGUACACGUUCUACUCAGUUCACAGCCGGUUCCUGGGUACCCUUUCUGCCGCAUGCCCUCUGGAUGCUGGGGGGGGUAUGUUAAUUACCCUCCGGCACCUCCACGCUCACUCUUGCUUCUGAAGGCGAGGACCCAAGCAGAGUUGGUGCCUGAGAGGCUGAGGGGGCCAUCUGCAGGGAUCCAGGCUGGGCUGGGCAGGAGCCAGAGCCACCGGCCCCAGGGCUGCCCGUGGUCCUGCAGCAGGUCAUCCCAGGACACCUGCCCAUCGCCCACUCCACACAGCGGAGGGACCAGGCAGACCAAGAGAUGGAAGAUCCUCAGCAGCAGACAGGGGCAGGGGGCUCUCAGCAGGGGAGCUUGAGGCCCAGGGACCCCCAGGGCCGGGGUGCGGCCUCCUUGGUCCACCAGGAGGAUGGCCCAGCCCUGCACGGUUUUCACUGGUUUCCUGGAAUGCUUGGUCUCGGGAUCCUGGGAGUCGCCUGCCCUGGGCCCAGUGCUCCUUUCAGCCUGUGGCCUAGCCAGAGAGCUGAGCCUCAAGGGCCUUAGCAGGCCUGGGUCAGGGGGACUAGGGUGCUGGGGGAGCUCCUCUUUGGGACCCCAAGACCCCUGUCAGCCUUUGAUUGACACUGGCUCUGAGGCCCUGUGGCCGCACUUGCCACCUGGGAGGUCCCUGCUGGGUGUGGCAGCCUGGCUGUGGCUCCAGCCUGUCAUGCUGGGGAGCCCCCUGUGGUCAGGCCCCCUGCCAGCCUCUGCCCAGGAUUCCUGGCAUUUCCUCCCUGAGCUCCUCCCCAUUCCCGGGGCCCUCUUCCCACCGACAACAGGCCCUUGGCCCCGGGACCCCAGACCCAGGCCCCAGGAGCCCACCUCCCCUCCGGGGCUCUUCCUCCUGCAGGCGG